AUGCAAAUUUCAGCAAUUUGUGAGAAUCGAGUUAGUGCAUUCUUCGUAAGUGACAAUACGCAACCUGUCUCAAGUAAUUCGUUAGCAUACGAUGAUGUCGCUGAAGAGGACUGCAUCAAAAUGUGCAGUGAUAAUCGGGACAGUAAAGGACGAGCGAUUCUUUGCGCAUCGUUUUCGUACGAUCAUUCAUCAUCUGUCUGCAAAAUCUAUCGUUCAAAAAGUUUCCCUGACGGUGAACUGGAAACAGAGCCGGCUAUUGGCAAAAAAUACUUUGAAAAGUUUUGUAUUGAUGAAGAUCUACCAGUGGAAUGUGGUGAUGCGCACUUUCUAAGAGCCGACCAAUCCGUUAUUAUUGGAUACGCGAAGAAUGUCUCGAUUGUCGAAAGCUUACAAGAAUGCGUAGCGCAAUGCUUGAGAGAACAUUUCACGUGCAAGUCAGCAAUGUACUUCUAUGAAGAAGGAGAAUGCAUAACAAACACUGAAUCCGCAUUUACUAAACCAUCAUCAUUUGCUCUUGAGGAAAGUGACAAAGUGAUUUAUUUUCAAAACGGAUGCAAUUUCGUACUUGAAAUGCAAAAAUUAUUCGAUAGAACAUCUGGAAGCGACGUAGACAGCGGAAUAUCGAAGCUGAAUGAAAAAUCCGACGAAAUGAGCACAACACUGGAAACCACAACACUUGAAGCUGAUCGAAUAAUUCUUUCUGGUGAGCAAAACAAAAAUGCUGACGAUUCGAUAACGAACCUCGAAAAUGAUGAUAUUGAAAAAAUUGAGAACAAAAACGUUCACGAAGAUGAUACAGAUUUCGUGGAGGAAAGUAGAGCAGCUGGAGAAGAUGAUGAGGAAUAUAAAACAAAUGCGACCACAAUUGAAGAGAAUGGAAAAGGGAAUGUGAAAGAGACAAAAAGAAAAAUCAAGUUUAAGAAAACGAAGAACACGAGGGAGGAGGGAGAUCAAUUUUCUAUCGGUGACUCAGCAGACAAAACCAGCGAAGUGUAUUCGAGAGAAGAAAACGAAAAAGAUCAUUCAGAGGAGAAGAACGAUAACGAUGAGAAAAGCACCGAGAAGGAUUUGGAUUAUGAUGCGAAAAGUAUGGAGGAGAAUGAAGAUGAAGAAGAGGAACAUCCAAGUGAUAUUGAAGAUAAAGAAAGAUUGACAACUAAAUUUGAACAAAAUCACAACCAAAGUGACAUAGAAGAGGUGCACAAGAAGAAAAUUAUCAAAAAUUACAAAUCACAUCCACGCGCAUUAUCUAUUACCAACAACAAACAAACGAAGGUUCGUCCAGCCUCCCGAGAAAUGGAAGAAAUUGAAAUCAAUAAAGUGGCUGUUCAGCGAAAGGCUAAAACAAGAGAUUCGCAGAAGGAGGUGUCUCANGCAUUAAUGGAGGUGGAUAAAUGUCCUGACGAGAUCAGCACCGAAGAUGCGAUUCUGUCUCAAGAGAAAACAGUCGUUUCUGCUGGACCAAUGGGUCCUGAAACGUCGAUUUUUUCAAGCAGUUCUCACACGAUCAGCUUUGGUUUACCACCAAGUGUGAUGCCAUCAAACAUGCAAGGAAAAAGGAAUGCUCGUGCACAUUCUUCCGUUACCUUCAAACAACCUGAGAAUGUCUGGUCACCAUGGCUCGGAAUUUGUCAAGAAUUCGCUAGUGGACAGCCAUGCAAAAACAAUCAAGUAAUUGGAUUUGAAUCACGUGAAUGCUUAGCCAAAGACUUUACGAAAUGCGUUGGUCCAUUCUUCCGUUACUGUACACUUCCCUGUUGA